UUCGGUCUUGACGUAGAGAUCAGGUGACUGUAACUUCUCUGACGGGACCGUUAUAAAGGGAGUUUGACAACUUCUACUCAGUUUUCCUCCCGGUCCCACUGUUGGAUUUCAGCUUCAUCCCGACACUAACUUCAACAACUUCUGCCUGGCCCGUCGUCUCUGUUGCUUUCCAGCUAACAGUCCCUGACAAUGGGUGACUGGAGUGCUCUGGGUCGUCUGCUGGACAAGGUCCAGGCCUACUCUACUGCUGGCGGGAAGGUCUGGCUGUCGGUCCUCUUCAUCUUCAGGAUACUGGUGCUGGGUACAGCCGUGGAAUCAGCUUGGGGAGAUGAGCAGUCUGCCUUCAAAUGUAACACCCAGCAGCCUGGUUGUGAGAACGUCUGCUACGACAAAUCGUUCCCCAUAUCCCACGUUCGUUUCUGGGUACUCCAAAUCAUCUUCGUGUCAACGCCCACGCUUCUCUACCUUGCCCAUGUUUUCUACCUGCAUAGGAAAGAGCAGAAAUUCAACAGAAAGGAGGAGGAGCUCAAAGCAGUGCAAAAUGAUGGAGGGGAUGUUGACAUCCCACUGAAAAAAAUUGAGAUGAAAAAGCUCAAGUAUGGCAUUGAGGAGCAUGGCAAAGUGAAGAUGAAGGGGGCCUUGUUAAGAACCUAUGUAGUCAGCAUUUUCUUCAAGUCAAUGUUUGAGGUGGGAUUCCUGGUAAUCCAGUGGUACAUGUAUGGCUUCAGCUUGGCUGCUGUCUACACCUGCGAGAGGUCCCCGUGCCCACACAGGGUGGACUGUUUUCUGUCCCGUCCCACAGAGAAGACCGUGUUCAUCAUAUUCAUGUUGGUGGUCUCACUUGUGUCCCUGCUGCUCAAUGUCAUCGAGCUUUUCUAUGUGUUCUUUAAGAGGAUCAAAGAUCGUGUGAAGGGCAAACAGCAGCCCACCCUCUACCCCAGUGCAGGCACCUUGAGCCCUACGCCUAAGGACAUGUCCACUACAAAGUAUGCCUACUACAACGGCUGCUCCUCCCCGACUGCUCCUCUCUCACCUAUGUCACCUCCAGGCUACAAGCUCGCCACGGGGGAGCGGGGAACUGGCUCGUGUCGCAAUUAUAAUAAGCAGGCCAAUGAACAGAACUGGGCAAACUACUCCACGGAGCAGAACCGACUCGGCCAGAAUGGUGGCGGAAGCACCAUUUCAAACUCCCAUGCGCAAGCCUUUGACUUCCCAGAUGAUACCCACGAGCACAAGAAACUGUCCUCAUCAGCAGGACAUGAGCUGCAGCCUCUGGCACUGAUGGAUGCCAGGCCAUGCAGCCGGGCCAGCAGCCGAAUGAGCAGCCGAGCCAGGCCGGACGACCUGGACGUGUAAAUGAUGGUUUACCACCUCUGCCUGGCUGAUGGGAAGUGAGGCUGCCAGAGAAAUCAGGAAACACUUGAUCACAUAGGUUCAUUUAAGAUGUGGGACUAACCUCAAUCACUGUUUUCAUUGUCAGUUAAAGAGACGUUCAAAUUAUUAUGUAACACUGUCGAAGGUACAAGUUGCAAAUACUUUUUCACUGACUUCUACCGUAACAUUUUAGUGGUGUUUACCCAGAUUUAAGAGAAUAGAACAGCCACCGUAAUGGUGCACUAGUGUACAGGAGACGCUCAUUAGAAGCAUUCGCUGUUCAAGCACAGAGGACUACACUGGUCAUAUUUACUGAUUGGGUUUCAGAUUGUUGUUCUUAUGAUCAAUGACAGCAUUUGACAAGUUCCCGAAGAUGUGGUGACAGAUUUUUUACAACAGAGUGCUUUCUUUUCUGUGUCUCUUUAACAUUUGGCCACCAGACACAAAUGUGAUCAGUAAAUGUUACCAGUGUGUGCACCUGUACCAGAAACAGAGUCCCUAGUUCAGCCAAACAUAAACCUGAAAUGAAAUUGGAAAAGAGUGAGUUGAGGAACAUUCAUCCAGAUGUCGGGCAAUAAUUUUUAGGAGAGCAACUGAGAAUUAGGCAUGCCAGUAUGUCAGUGUGGAUUCUUUCUUGAGUAAUCCAUUAGACAGCUCAGUGAAUUACAUGAAAUGUUUUUGGUUCUGACACUAGUCCAGUAGUUCUAGUUAUUUAACUACAACUAUUAGUUUAAUGGUAGAUAAAGAUGCUAAUGCUGAGUUUCAGCAUGAGAUUGUGAACUCUCUUGUGUUUAAGUGACUUGGUGAACUCUGUUACAUAGCCUUUGGAUAAUAGCAGGCCAAAACUAAGAAGCAAUGAAAUAAAAUUGUUUUCAGCUAGAUGGACUGCACGUCAACAAACAUUGUUAAUACGCUUUCUUUUCCGAUUUUCGCUUACCAUUAUCCCUUCCCAGUGUUCAACUGAAACAACAUUUUUUCAAUUUAACCCCUCUGCCACCAAGACAGCAGCUAGUGUUCUAUGCUGUUGCAUUGAGAACGAGCAGUUCCAUGAUGUAAAUUGAAAAUCACUCGGCUCAUUCUAUCCAUGUGACAUACUGUAAGGGUUUAUAUAACAGUUGUAAGUUAAUAUUUAUUACCUGGCAUCUGUAGGACACCUACCACUAAGAAGAAAAUUGACUACUAUCCAGUAUCUCACUCAAAAAAGGCAUCCUACGUCUACUCCCCACAAACCUUAUAUUUAUUGAUAGUAAACCCUUUUUUUUCCUCUUGUAACUUUAUCAGUCAGCACGGACUGUUAUUUCCUGAUAAACUUUGAAUCUGUGUGGUGCGGUUUUCUUUUUUUUUUGUCUUUUUUGGGGUAUGUGUGCAAGUGACAGUUCAAGCUGCUGUGACACAGCAAACCUUGAUCGCCGUGGUUGUGGGCUUCAUAUAGGAAGGCUUUAUUACUGUCAUUCAUUCCAUGAUGCGUGUUCUCUUUUUCCAUUUCAGUGAGCAGUAGAGAAAGAUAGUACAAUGAUUAUCUGUGUCUUACAUAUUUGAGUGAAUGUUCCUUUCAUUCCAUCGGUAUUGUUUUGUUCUUCAGACUCAGUGUAACCAUUGCUGCUUGAGAAUUAGAUAUUUAGUACUGUAAAUCAAGCUAACUGUGUCACAAUAAAAAUGUGAGUUUUUAGAAGACAGCUUAUAGAUCUGGACUAAUAUUUAGUCAUAUGUUAAAUGUUUGCCAGUGUAUCUUCACAACUACCAAACACUAGGAUGAAUCUUUGAACUCCUUUUCUUUUUAUAGUAUUUUUUUUUUUAUGUCAAUUGUGCAUCAUUUUGUUGGUACUUACAUAUGUCAUGGAUCUUUCAGCUUCAGUGGCAUUUGCACUGAGAUCGUGGUCAAAGAGAUGUAAUGUGAUGCACACAGUGAGUGGUAAGAGUUUUCUGAUAGACAUGUUACUAAUUUAUUUUAUAACACAGAAAUCACUGCCGUGCGAAGCAUCUUAGACAUCUUAGUGCUGGUUUCAUCGAAUGGUUCUGUGAGAUAUGUCUUCCACUGACAGGAAAGGAGCAAUUGCUGGAAUUAUUCAGACAAAUCUCAUCCAUGGGGAUACACUGUUGUACAGUGUAAGUGCACGAAAGUAUCAUCAAGUGUAUCUGUGAAAGCUAUUUUAACCAAUAAAUAUUGUUCUUUCUUAA